ACCACGCUACCUGCUGUGAAUCUUCCAGUGUGAAUAUUAAUGAGAACUAUAAUGGUGGAUUGAUCAGUGGUUUGUCCAUUGUAUAUACCGGCGCAAAAGUUGCUCUGAAAGGACAGUGUAAUGGCGAUCUGCUGAGAUCGUAUAAAAAAGGGAAAUGAUUAAAGCCAAAAACAGAGUCGGAAAGUUCUACAUCGAUUUUACAAUAACUGCCARCGAAGARGGGCGAAUCUAUUAUUCACGCAACCAGCCUCAUGUUUGCCAAUAGAAAUUCAAUUAGUGAUCUAUCGAACAAUGGAUGUAUCUUUAGGUUACAACUAUGAUUGCAUGGCAUCUACGAUAAGGAUAUGUUGAUAUCUGAUAGAGGAUUCAGUGUUGACGAAGCGGUAUUUCUUGUGGAUUAUAUUUCCUGACUUUCCUAGAUGAAGUAACAAUGUUAGUAAAGAUAUUCAGAUUUCGAGUUCUUGUGGCGCUUGUUGUGAUCAUCCUAUCAGCUGUAUGUCUAAAAUGGCUUUCUAUGACUGAAAACUUCAUGGCACCCAUUGAUGAAAACCAACUUAACAGAUCUGCACUCUUUAUCCAAUCAAAGAUCUCCUUGAAAAACACCUCGGAAACUAUGGAAACGAGAAGUAAAAGAGWAAAAUCUCAGCAUGACAGCAACCAGACCAAGAAGACAGCUGUCAAUGUGAAUUUCAAAAAUACUCCGAGCAUGCCCAAAAGCAAUGGCUACAACAGUAGCUUUGUGUCUUUAAAUUCCGUAACACUGAUGAAAAAGAUGAAAGACCUCUUUGGAGCAAGGAAAACAACACCACCGCACAGUGAACCCACUAGACCAAAAGUUAAUUCCAUACGAAUGGAGAUGGAUUUGAACAAAUUGAAGAUCGAGAGUGUCAUKUACAAACCUCUUGAAAGUUCCUUCGAGGCCACAUUCGACGUUACCGAUWCUGUUGACAGCACAUUUUUAAUGRACUCUAGAUCCAAUGUACAUUUUGUUCUUGUAGUUCCCCGCGCGCUGAAAAGGAACAAAUCAGAAAAGGUGAUAAGCCAAAAAGACAAAAGAGCAGCGAUGAUUGCCGCGAAAAUGUUGAACACKUUAAGKGAUUUAGAUGGCCUAGCUUGUCUUCCACAGAAAUACARUUUACUGAAUAAGAAUCAUGACAUAAAGGAAGAGUUCAAAUAUUCAAAGGAAAAAUUAAAAGGUUUAUUCAAUAAAACUUGGUGCAAUUUUAAAAAGAGAGAUUGGAGCAUCCAAAUUAGAAAUAAUGGUAAAAUGAAAGCAUUUCAAUUCAAAUCAAAAGAUGGACCUUCGCAUGAUAGACUACACAACAGACCUCUUAGCUUGAUUCAGAUGUGCARCAUCGUUAAUGAACCAUUCGUCAUGAAGAAAGAAUCGUUUAUAAAAUGGAGAGGCCUASGRYACGAUUUUGGAAGACUUUCUCUCCUAGAUUUCUUUGUACGCACAGGUGGACAACUAAAGAUUGGAAAGUCCGCCGAUUGUUUUUAUAGUGACGACCUUUUUGAACUUGACAGAGGUAGGCUGAACGAUGAGGGARAUUUUCCCGAAUACUCGAAUUUYGGYGWCGCCCAURAUGUUCUUCGUAUCAUAAUGGAAGACAGAAUUGAAUGGACAAAGUGUGUGGCUACAGAUAAACUCUGUAAAGAAGAACCAUAUCGUGGUCCUCCAACUACACUUCCUGGAAUUGCUCAGCCUAUUUGUUGUAGUGUGAUGUUAGGUCAGAUUUUGAAAGAUGCUGUUGCGGUUUUUAACAAACUUGGGAUUCAGUACCGAGUUGUUUUUGGGACCUUGUUGGGWGGAGAGCGCAGUGGAGCAAUCAUUCCCUACACUCGCGAUAUCGACUUCACUCUCGAACCUAAAUAUGGAGAUAAUAAAUACAGCUACGCCACUUUGCAGAAACACUUUGGCAACAAAUACUUCAUUUCAGGACAUUCUUUUAUAGAUUUCCCGCGGUUGAUACCACUUAUGCCAGUSCAUUUGAAUAUCACGACUGCRCCAUUCUUUAAAGACGAKUUUGACCUCGAAGGAGAUGCCUUCUUCAGUAGAACRGUAAACGAAACAGUGCAGGAAWUUUUACCUUUUAGUGAGACUGAAUGGAAUASAAGAACGUAUGCCGAUUUUUACAGAACCUCUGGACARUACUAUUGGAAUGGGUCGUCUACGACAGUUAUCAACGGAGUUAAAUACGAUACGUUAAAGGCAAAGAAUAAUGAGCUUAUAACAUACUACGGUAGAGGCUGGAGGAGUCCUAUUUUAAAAACGUUUGACAGUCAAUCAGACGAAGGGCAAGCKGAAGAUUUGUUGUUGGAUUAAGACUGGGCUUCAAUACGCAAUGAUAAUGUCUUUUUGAAAAGCGUUAGCAAACCGCUGAUAUUUAGCCUUGAAGACUCRGGUCUCGAGAUUGAGCUUUACUUUUAUACACUAGAUGGGUAUCAUCGUGAUUUUCCUAUGAGGUCUAUUUGAUACACAGUGUUCCAGAAGAUCUKUAAGCCUUAGGGCCAGUUCACACUGCAACAUAAGCACAAAGCUCCAUAAACAAAGGUUUAAGGAUUUUAAUCCUUAAAAGAAAACAAAAAGGAAAGUGUUUUUCUCUGUUUAUCCAAUUGUCUUUGAAAGUAGUUUAUGGUCUGCCUUAUGUUACUCGCUAUGCAUAAAUCGAUGCACGCUUGACUUCAUUCCUUUGCGUCUUUUCUUUUGUUCGGCAUGCUUAUGUCGUAGUGUGAACAGGCCCUUACUGAACAUCUCUGAGGACGAAAAAGAUUCAGAGCUUGCAGCUAAAAAGCAAUUCUCAGUAGUUAACACUUCAAAGAAAAUAUUUCAUAAGGAGUGUCUGACCUAAACAUUUAAAGGUGAAAUAUGGGAUGUUUCCAAGGCCAUAUUGUACCACCUCACUGUUUGCUUGGAAAGUCUCCUUUACGUUUCCCUGCGCCAUCUUUAAAAGUGAGACGAUGGUCGAGCGGGCAAUGAUAGAAAUCUUCUUUUACACCAACAGAUAAUUAUUMACAGGUUUCAAUCAUUGCACGCUCAACGGUACGCCGUGUCGAGUUCAAUGCAAAGACACGGCUAUUUUUUCAAGAUGGCGCUGGGAAAUGGAAAGUAGAAUGGCUUGCGCAUUAUUCUAUAAAUAUUUUAAACAAAAAAAUCAAGAAACACACUUACAGUAGUGUUUUUUCAAAGAAGUUGUAAAUAGUAUAUUAGGAAAAAUAUCGAGAGAAACGCACUUAUUGUGCUAUCAUUAAAAAGCUGCAAAUUGUUUUUUUUUUUCGUGUGUGUGUUUGAUAUGUUGUUUGAUAAAUA